AAACAUCAUCGCCAUCAUCAGCGUAAACAUUUCCUUGUGUUGGACCGCGGAAAACUUAUCACGAAGACCAAUAAAACAUAUCAUUACGUUUGUGUACGUGUAUUUGCAGUAGAGGAAGACAUCCAAUGGACGGCAAAAUGCAGAGGAAUGCCGAGACCAAGCGGGAGCAGUACAGAAAGAGACAGGAGGAGAUAGACAGUCGGCUGAGAGAGGCAGGCAUGUAUGAGGAUGGCCUCAGCCAAGAGACAAAGACUCAGCUCCUGCAGUUCCUGGAAGAAUCGCGGGAAUCGGCACGCAUGGAAGAGGAAGAACGGAAAAACCUCCAAAGGCAAGAGCAGAGGAUAAUGGCGGAGACUCUUAGUCAAUCGUCCAUGCAAAAGGAAAGUGAUGGUAGCAGCGGCAGGUGUAGGAGAGUGGAGAUAAAUGUAGGAGAGGAAGCUGUAGUGAGCAGAUCAGCUGCUGGACACAAACGACAAGAAACUGAGCCAGGUCCCUCAACAACCCCUAGGUCAAGUGUAGCAUCAGUCAUCAAAUCCACAAGUGACCACCUGGCCAGACUGCACACACAGGCUGAGGAUGAAGAUGAAGACCUCAUCCUUCUGCCACAAGAGGAGGUGGAUGAUCCUGAGUGUCAGGUUAUCAAGACUAGUAAUGAAUCUCCCAACAGAGGAAUGGAAGCCCUUAAGAUAGGCAAGAGAAAGGGCCAUGAAAAUGUUGAAGAAAUUGGUCCCACUCCUAGCCAGCCAUGCCCUUCCCCUGUAAUAGUUUCCCCAGUUAUUGGUAAGAGCAGAACGACCUCCAAUAACACUAUCACCUCCACAGUGAUGUCAGAUGAUGACUGUGACCCACACCCGAUGCCACCGCCGCACAAAUCCCAGAAGAUACAACGGGAAAAACAUCCCACACCUCGUGUGGUUCUAGUUCCUCUCAGUCAGACCAUUUCCCUAAGUAAGAAUGCUAUCUCAUCCUCUGAAGAAAAGCAAACAUCACCUAGGAGUACCGUUCCAACUACAAACAACCUUACUGUCUCUCAUAUAAAGAAUACUUCUCUUCACAAUUCCCCUCCAACUGGAAAAUCUUCCCUACAAAAGAAUUCCAUUUCUUCUCCUAUGAAUUCACCUAGUUUAUCUGAAGAAACAGUCAUCUUCAAUUCAAACUCUUCCUCCUCCAGUAAUUUGUCUCCUUCAGGGACUCCUUCUCCUUCAAAAGGUGCCAGUAUUCAUACCUCAGUAAAGAAGUCAGGGACUCCCAAUUCUCGACUGAACUCUAUGACACUCUCCACCAAGAGGAACAUAGCUUCAUACUUCAAAGAGGAUUCCAACCUUUCCAGGAAUUGUACAUCACCUGUUAGUUCAUCUUUGGGGGUAUCCAUCAUAAAGUCCACUCUUUCUACCAUCACCACCACCACAAGUGAUGCUGCUCCUGCAACCUCAACAACCAUCACCACUACCACAUCAGACAAGGAGGGUGAGGAGCCAGAAAAUUCUCCAGAUGGUUUACCUGAGUCUGACACAGAUGAUAAGAUCACCCUGCGGACUGCUGUGCUGCGUAGUAUCAAUGUAUUCAACCCUAAAUCAGUGAGUGAAGUCAUCCUUGAGCGGAAACAACCCUUCCCUUCAGAGGCAGCUGAAAAAUGUUAUUACCAAGGCCCUAAUGAAUCUCAACAGCAGUGCAGGAACAGAAUCCUUUCUUUAAUGAAUGAUAUGAGGAUUUGUUUGCAACAUCAUCAGCACACUCUCCCACUCCUUCCCAUGCCACUGCCAGUGACUGUUGACUGGCGCCUAAAGCACUUUUCCUUGGACCGCACUAGGCCAGCACCGCGGCGGAUAGCACAACGUAAGCAACUGGAUGAAGAGAUGCAGAGGGAAGAAUUUAAGCGAAGCACCCGUCAGACAGCAAAGUUUUCCCAGGAAGCAUUGGAUCCCAUACCAGGGCCCAGCAGGACUGAAGGAACAACCAGAGGGCGUAGGCUGGGCAAUGGUAGGACACUAGGCCUUCGGAGGGGUAAGAAAUCUGCCAUCAUCCCACUUCCAAAGGUGACCAGUGACUCUGAUUCUGAUCUGGAGAUUGGCCACACCAGCCCACCCUUGCCCUCAUCCUCUCAGAGCAUCCCUCUGCCAUGCCCUCUGAAAGCUGGAGGCAUAGUGUCAGAAUCCAAGAGUAAGGUAGAGAGCCAGCCUCAGCACUCCAGAAAGGCCAUCUUGCUGGACUCGGGCUCUGAAGGCAGUGACAAUGAGUGCCAUGUGGAACCUGGUGCUAUAAGGUCAGAUUCAAAUCAGUGUCUCUCUCCUGAGAUGCAGAGGGAUGCAGCUGGUUCCCCCUCCGACCCUCCCUCUGAGCUAUGCAUCAUUGAAGAUGAGCAGGUCCGCCCCAAGCUUGGACGCCCUGCCAUCAGAAGGGUGGCUCGUCGGGGCACACGGAGGCCCAUGCCAGAAUCCACAGGCUCAGUUCCGACUAAAAUAAGGAGGACUCACACCCUGAGCACAGAAAACCCUACUACAGACAGAGUUCUUGAACAGACCAACCAACUGUCACCAGACUCUUCAGACCUCACUCCAUCUUUUGAGGACCCAAGUGAAUGGAAUACUGAGCAAAGACAAACCCAGGAGGAUGAACAAGAGGGAGAGAAAAUCCCCUGUCCCAUAUGCCAAAGACUCUACCCUCUGCAGGAGAUUGAGGUGCAUGCAUCAGAUUGUGCAGAGUUGGAGGACACUCGGCAGCAAGAAUCAAACCAAGACUCCAGAAGACUCAGGAGAAUGAAUGAGGAAUCAGCUGCUGCAGAGGUGUCUAGCAGUGACAAAUCCAAAGUAUUUAAUAAGAGGCAAAGUUGCAACUUGUGUAAGGAGAUUUUGAACAGCCCUGAGGAUCUCCAGUUCCAUAUACAGUCGUGCCACAGAACGGAAGAAGAGGGAGAUGAGGACGAUUUUCUUUUCCUUUCGACUUCCUCUUCUUCAGUUGCCAUCCGCCAGAUUAACAGGAGGAACAUUAAGGUGCCUGGACGAACACUGACCCAGGAAGUGGCCAAGGGCAAGAGAGGAGUGUCUCGGGCAGGGAGUCUCUUUAAUAACUCUGAAGACAAACCUUCAUAGCAUUUCUCAGGGUUGAUGGUUUUGCCUUAUGUGCAUCAGUUUCAAUUACUAGUAAUGAUUGGUAAGUAUAUUUUUCAUUGGCUGAACUAAAUUUGUAGAGUUGAAGAUGAGAUGAUGUGUGGUGUAUAUGGAUAAUUUUUGGAUGUGAAAGCUACUGUUGUGGGGAAAAAACAUUGCCAAGGUGUAUUGAUUUUGUCCAUUCUCUUCAAGAGUCCUUGUAAAUGUGGCCUUUGUGUUAGUUGAUUAAGUGAUGUUCACAAGGACUAAACAGUGUAACAUGAGUUUAUUACCAAUACUUCAGACCAUUAUACUGUGUAACAAGAUUGUGUUUCAACAAAAUAAGUUUCUAAAAAAAAUGUUUUUGCAAUAAG